AUGCAGUCGCGCGGGCAACUGCCCGCACAGAUUGAUCUUCUCGAGCGCUAUCGUGGUCUUGUGGCUCUCGGCCGCGUUCGCGAAGAUGAAGAGCAGAUACGCGUGAUUAUGCAGUUAAGGCGGCUGCACAAAGAAUUAAAUGGAUACUCCCCACCUGCAGUUCUUGCUCGUCACCUCAAUCUAAAGCAUGGGCCCUGGUGGAAAACGGAAGAUGACACGACGCAGCCACCCUCAAACACACUGAGGGAACUCAUACCAGUUAGAACACACGCAGAAGAGAUAGAUUCCAACCUCCCAUAUAUACCACGGACUAAUUCCUAUCUGCAGGGCCUCCUUAUCACUGGCCCGCCAGGGUCUGGAAAGAGCUUCCUCACCGACCUCUGGUUCUCCACCCUUCCGACACCGUACAAAGCCCGCAAGCACUACAAUGAACUCGUGCUCGAGAUCUAUCGCGCCGUGUGGGAAGAGACGCGUCGCCGGAUGACAGCCCUGCACGCCGCCCCUGGCCUGGCGAAGGCCGCGAUUCCUCCACGGCGACGGUCCCGCACCCGCGAAGUGGAACAAGCUCGUCCGCGCGCACUGGCGGCGUCUCGUCCAGUCCGGCUCACUCCCCAUUCGUUGGGCUCGCCGCUCCGACACAUCGCGUACGCUGUCGCACGACGACUCGUGCUCCGGCACUGGCUGCUCGUGCUCGACGAGGUCCAGCUGCUCGACGUCUCGAGCGCGACGCUCCUCGCCGACGUCCUCUCCUGGUUCUGGCGCAUGGGUGGCGUUGUCGUCGGCAGCUCGAACCGGGUCCCCGACGACCUCUACCGAAACGGCGUCCAGCGCGAGCGCCUCGAACCAUUCGUCGAGGCGCUCAAGGCCCGCUGUCCCGUCAUCGUCAUGCGGGCAGAACGCGACUGGCGCGUGUUCGGCGCAGCGCUCGCGGACCUCAUGCGCGAAGGGGAUGAGCACGUCGGCACUUCGGAUCGCGGUCACGGCAUGUCUACCCCCGCAUUUGUAGGCGGCGCGGUCGACGUGCAAGUCUUCGGACGCCGCAUCCGAGUGCCGUGGGCAGCGAACGGCUGCUUCCCUCGGCCCUGCGACUACAUCACCUCGCCGCGCGCUUCCACCCUCGUCCUCACCGAUGUACCCGUCCUGCACCUCUCUGCGAAGAACCAGGCGCGGCGCUUCAUCUCGCUCAUCGACGCGCUCUACGAGGCGCGCUGCCGCAUCGUCGUCCUCGCCGAGGCCGCGCCCGAAGACCUCUCUUCCCGACGGCGCAGAGCGGGGAGAAUGCGCGACGGCGUCGACGUGAUGAUGGCAGAGGCCGUCGCGGAGACGCAAGACGUCUACCGUCCGAACGUGUCUUCGUACGAUGCGCCGAACAUGGCCGAGGAGCCCCGUGCGCCCACGAGCGCGCUCGCGCUUGACACGCUCUCCAUCUUCUCUGGGAAAGACGAGCAAUUUGCGUUCAAGCGCGCGCUCUCGCGCCUACUGGAGAUGACGAGUGAGGAGUACGCCCGCGACGAGACUUGGGCGCCCCUGCCCGCCGCCCUGCGCAAGUGGGAGCGCACCAGCGCGCCGGCGAUCGCACCCGCAUCCGCCUCAGCCGCAGCGUCACCUCCAUCCUCACCACCCUCGACGUCACGGCCGCUCUCGUCGCCGUCGUCCCCGCCUCCUUCUUUGCUAGCCCUUCCUCAGGGCGACGACUCCGACUUCGGCGAAGAAGCGUCUGUGCAUGGCCACACUCAUGCGCCUCCCAACGCCAGCGCCCCUUCGUCGCAUACCGCCGACCGCCCGCCGGCGCCCCAGCUGAGCGCAGACCACGUGUGGGGUGUACGUGAAGACUGGGGGCCCCGCGCACGCACUUGGGGCCGUGGUGCUGCCGCUUACGACCGUGGAGCACAACAGACAGAAGAGGAUCGGGAGGACGGCAGCGGGCGCUCGCGCGGUGCAAGGUAG